CCCCUCCCUCCCUCCUCCUGUUGACCUUUCUUCACAUCCAUCCUUUGGAGAGAGCAGGUGUUACAGCCACAGGUCUCGUUUACCUUGCAACUCCCCCCUCCUGUGGCCAUACACACAAGCUCCUCUCUUCCAAGCGGCUGAGAGGUUGCUAUGGCAAUGGUUGUCAUGAUGCUGAUGUAGCGUUCUGAAGGUAGUAGUUGUGGAGGUAGUGGUGGAGCUGGGGGAGCUGGCGGCGGCAGGGCCGGCGGCGGUGAACGUCCAGGGAUGGGAAGCGCUCCGUAUCCAGCCGGUGAGUGGAAGGGGAAGGGGCGAGGCGGCCUACAAGAGCUGGGCUGCAUGCCCUGGAAGGUCAGCAGGCAGAAAGGAGGAGGAGGAGGAGGAGGAGGAGGAGGAGGAGGAGGAGGAGGGGGGGUGGUGGUGGGAAUGGAGGAGAGGAGGUGCAAGGAUCCCACGGACUCGCAGCAGCAGGAUCUCACAUCUUCCUCUUCCUCCCUCACCCCCCCACUACCUGCUCAGCCCUCUCUGACCCCUUCGGCCAUUUAUCAUGAGAAGCAGCGGAGGGAGCUGUGCGCCCUGCACGCGCUCAAUAACGUCUUCCAGGACGGGACGGCCUUCAGUAGGGACACCUUGCAGGAGAUAUACCAGAGGCUUUCUCCCAGCACUCUGGUGACGCCUCACAAGAAGAGCAUGCUGGGAAAUGGGAACUACGAUGUAAACGUCAUUAUGGCAGCCUUGCAGACCCGAGGGUUUGAGGCAGUUUGGUGGGAUAAAAGAAGGGAUGUAGGCAGCAUCGAGCUGUCCAACGUGACUGGCUUCAUUUUAAACGUGCCAUCCAACCUGCGCUGGGGACCUCUCCGGCUGCCUCUCAAACGCCAGCACUGGAUAGGAGUCAGAGAGGUGGGCGGGCUCUACUACAACUUGGACUCCAAGCUGCGUAGCCCUCAACCUAUCGGCAGCUCGGAUGAGCUCAGGAAGUUUCUCCGCCAGCAGCUGCGAGGGAAGAACUGUGAACUUCUAUUGGUCGUCUCAGAGGAAGUGGAGGCACACCAAACAUGGCGGUCCGAUGGCUAAGGGGUUUAACCAACCAAUCACAGCACCAAUUGGGCCAACGGGCCAAUCACAGAAUGAACGGGAGAGGAAUUAAAAUCGUGCAAAGCCAGUCACAUGGAUGCACACUUGCAGAUGUAUUCCCCCCCCCCUUUUUGGGGUUUUGUUUACACAGCCAUUGCUGGACUCUUAUCUAAAAGGAUGCAAAGCAAUGAAGGAAGCAAACACUUUACAGGGAGAAUCAAAGAACCCAAGUCCUUUACUCACAACACAGUUAAGACUUAUAAAAAGUUACCAUUCUGUUUCUGCUAUUCUUGUGUUUUUAUAUAUAUAUUGACUAUUUUUUGAUGUCAGUUUUGUCCGUUUUCCUUUUUUUUUU